GGUCACACUGAUCAAAACAACAGGAAAUUGUUUUGAUUAAACGCGAUUUUAUUUGAUUUUAAUUGAUUUAUGGUUUAAACAAAAUUAUUAGUAAGGCCUGUUAACAAAACAGGCGCGCCUCGCACCCCCGCUCUUCCGAACCAAAGCAGCCAAAGGAAAACAACAACAACAAAAUACCGAAAUUUCAAAGAAAAGAAAAAAAUGGAGUGACGGGUGACGAGGAAACACAAACAAAAACACUCAAAACAAAGGAAGUCGAUAAAAGAACCGAAAGAUAGCACCAUGGAGGACUUCGAGCUGGAGGUGGACACGAAUUUUGUCCAGCUGAGCCGUCAGCAACUGCUCCAACGGUACUCCGGCGCUAUGAGGCAGCUCCGUCGCCUGGCCGAGUCCCGUUACGAGGUGCGCUCCAUCAGUUUCGACAAUUAUGUGCUGUUCCAGUAUUUCCGGCAGCGCAACCUACUCACACCGGUCGGUGUCUCGCCCACACCCAACGCCAUGCCGCCCGCCCCACUAACCGCCUACCUGAAACUGGAGGUACUGCACCAUCUGCUGGAUCGCCGGCGCCAGAUCCUGUGCUGGCUGUUCUACCUGACCCUCGUCUCGCUGUGCGUGGCCGCGUAUCGGUAUGAGACGACCGGAGCUGGUGGCCAUCAGGAGCGCGUCGUCCAGGCCAUGGUCUAUCCGGGAAUGCGAAUGUGGCGUCGCAUGACCAUGCCGCUCAUCCAGCGCUUCCCCCAGCUGACUGAGCUCUACGACGAGUCCUGCCUCAUGGGCAAUCCCUUCUUCCAGGUGGAGGAUCUCAGCUGUGGUCCGUGUGCCAGUGUGGAGACCGUUUGGCUAGAGAGCGACGAGUGCGAAGGGCAUCCCAAUCCACCCACCCACAAGUGCCAUCAGCCCGUAGUAGCCGGCGAGAGUGUUCCGUACGCCUUCCGCAGCCAGCAGGAGGCCAUCGACCUGAGGGACUUCUAUAACAUCUACGCCAGCAACCACAAGAUCUUCCAGCGCGAUGCCUAUCGUGUUCACUCCACCAACCAGGGUGUCCACAAUCUCGAGGAUCUCUUCGGGCAGUUCAACAGCAGCAGUAGCUCGGCGGGCUCUGCGGAAGCCGGAGAUGCUUCUGGAGGCGAUGCCGCUGGCGUUGGGACGCCCACAUGGACGCAGCAGGCGCACAAUCUGUGGCGCUGCAAUCGCAUGGUGCCCGCGCGUCUCCUGCGACCGAUAUUCGCCCGGCCGCCUCGUCUGCCCAGCAUGGGCGUGGCCCUGGAGCGAUACGUGGCCAUCGAUACGGCCCAAGCGCCAGCCUACACGCUGCCGGAGACCGAGUGCCCCAAUGUUUACGUUCACCAGGCGGUGGGUACGCGUUUCAUCAUACUCCGACCCACCAGCGAGUGCCGGCACCGCUGUCGCACCCUCUCCCUCCGACUCACCCAGUCCUAUGUCCUCAGCUAUAACUGGUUGUACUGGAAACCGAUCUCUGCGCCGGAUCCCAUAUCCGAGUCGAUAUCCAUAAGCCUGAUUGGCUCCUACUGUUAGAGGAAGAGAAUCGAAUCCUGCUCCUAGCUUUAAGCGCCAUAUACAAGCCACACCCUCCAUGUCCUUUAGCCCAAAAGCCAAAAUUAAUUUACGUCACGAAUUUCGUCACAGCUCAUUGGAAGACCAAUCAAAAAAAAAAAUUAAAACUGAAAUCCAAAGAGAGGAA